AUGACUACGGCAGAGCAAACUCAGGGGCCGGUGACCUUCGAGGAGGUGGCUGUGUAUUUCACCCAGUGGGAGGGGGCUCUGCUGGACCCCGCUCAGAGAGCCCUCUACAGGGAUGUCAUGCAGGAGAAUUACGAGGCUUUGAUCUCUCUGGGUAAGGGAAGAAAAAACAGUUGCGCUGCCUGUGGGAAAAGCUUCAGCCGGCGCUCAAACUUUAUUUCUCAUCAGCGAAUUCACACAGGAGAGAGACCCUAUACGUGCUUGGAGUGUGGGAAAAGUUUCAUUCAAAGCACACAGCUGAUCAGGCAUCAGAGAGUGCACACAGGAGAGAAGCCCUAUAAAUGCCUCCAAUGUGGGAAAAGUUUCAAUCAGAAUUCACACCUCAUUAGACAUGAGAGACUGCACAUGGGAGAGAAAUUGUAUAAAUGCACCGAGUGUGGGAAAAGCUUCCGUCGGAGUUCAGGUCUUACCUCACAUCAGAGAAUCCACACCGGACAGACGCCCUUCAAAUGCCUGGAGUGUGGGAAAAGUUUCGAUUGGCGCUCACGGCUUAUUGCGCAUCAGAGAAUUCACACAGGAGAGAGACCUUAUAAGUGCCCGGAGUGUGGGAAAUGUUUCAUUCACAGCUCAGAUCUUCUUUCCCAUCAGAGAAUCCACACAGGAGAUAGACCCUAUAAAUGCCCCCAGUGUGGGAAAAGCUUCAAUCACAGCUCAGAUCUUCUUUCCCACCAGAGAAACCACACAGGAGAAAAACCCUACAAAUGCCAGGACUGCGGGAAAAGUUUUAAUCGGAGCUCUCACCUGUUUAGACACCAGAGACUGCACACGGGGGAGGAAUCUUAUAAAUGCCCCAGCUGUGGGGAAAGCUUCAGUCAGCUCUCAGAUCUUAUUUCACAUCAGAGAAGCCAUACGAGUGAGAAAUCCUAUGAAUGCCUCGACUGUGGGGAAAGUUUUGAUUGGAGCUCGAACCUCAUUGUGCAUCGGAGAAUUCACACGGGAGAGAAACCCUAUAAAUGCCCAGAGUGCGGGAAAAGCUUCAAUAGGAACUCGCACCUCAUCCGACAUCAGAGACUCCAUGCGGGAGAGAAACCUUGA